GGGACGUCAUAUGAUGGGGACGGGAUUCAACGUGACAAACAACCCGACAUCGUCUUGCAGCUUGGAAAGGGCUGUCAUGCCAACAAGAAAGUGUCAAGCCAACUUCCACUUCUCCUAUAUUUAUCGUACCUACCUAGGUAGCCCAAAUGAAUCAUCAGCGAUAUUUGUUUACUAUCCUGCUUCGUCCUUGCCGCCGUGAUGCUACGAUAAUACGACGAUGACAUUGAACAACAACACGCGUCGAUAGGGGAAGACAUCCCGAUACCCUAUGUCACUUGGCGUUACAAUUAUCACCAUUCUUUACAGUAUUGUUUUUAUAAUAGCCCUAUUAUUCCUUAUCUGACAACAUGGAGGACGCCGGUGGUGACAAUGUGGAGGAACCUCUCCAAGAGGUCGAUGAGCAAUACAAGGCCUCACUUCCCAAGCGUAUGGGAGAGGACCAAGCUCAUCGAGACCCUAGUCGAUGGUGGUUUGCCUCGGCUGCCUUUCCCAUGGUCGCAGGCACACUGGGGCCCGUUGCAAGCGCCUUCAGUAUCUGUGCCCUCGUCCGACCAUGGAGACAAAACUACACCAAAGGAGCCGACAUCGACACCGCCACCUUCAUCAAAGACCCAGCCUGGCUGAUCGCCAUCAACGCUAUCCAGCUCGCCAUUGCGCUAACUUCCAACCUGGCCUUGCUCCUCAACAUGACCAGGAGACUCCGGUUCUCCAUCGCUCAACCUGUCACGAUAGUCGGAUGGUACCUCUCAUCCAUAUGCCUGAUAGCACUCGCGAGUACAACGGCCGGACCGCUGAGACCGGAGAAUAACGACUUCAUUUGGUCCCAAGCGUACUUCUACGGCAUCUACGCGGCAGUCCUGUACUUUGUUGUCGCCUCGCUCAUGGUUGUUACCGUCUGGGCCUCGCAAAAGGGGCACUACGAGAAGGAUUUCAUGCUCACACCCAGUCAGAGGACACUGAUGUUACAGACCAUCUCGUUCCUCAUCUACCUCCUCAUCGGUGCCCUUAUCUUCUCCAACACCGAAGGGUGGAACUACCUUGACGGCGUGUACUGGGCGGCCGUGACGCUCUUUACCGUGGGAUUUGGCGAUCAGAACCCUACCUCCACUCUCGGAAGGGGUCUUCUCUUCCCAUACUCCCUGGUCGGCAUUAUCAGUUUGGGUCUCGUCAUUGGAUCCAUCCGCAGUCUGAUGCUAGAGCGCGGCAAGAGAAGACUUGAUGCACGCAUGGUGGAAAAACUGAGACACCGCGUGCUAAGGAAAAUGGCCAAGAAGGGCAAGGAUGGAAUACUUACACCCAUAAGGAAUGCAAACUCCGAUUCCCCUGAACUGUCUUCCAGCUCCGGUCUCACUGAAUUUGAACGGCGACAAUCGGAGUUUGAGCUGAUGAGAAAGAUCCAAAAGCAGGCGGCUCAUAGGCAUCGCUGGAUUGCUAUGGCUAUCUCUACAAGCACAUGGUUGGUCUUGUGGCUGGUUGGCGCCAAGAUCUUCAUGGAGUGUGAGCGCCAGUAUCAGCAAUGGACCUACUUCGAUGCCUUUUACAUGUCAUAUGUCAGUCUGACAACCAUCGGAUACGGAGAUAUCACACCAAUAUCCAACGCCGGAAAGUCCUUUUGGGUCUUCUGGGCACUUCUCGCUCUUCCGACUAUGACAGUCUUAAUCUCUAAUGCAGGAGAUACCAUUGUGAAGGGCAUCAAAGACGCCACGGACAAAGUGGCUACCGUCACCAUUCUUCCUAGCGAGCGGGGCUUCAAGGGCGAGUUCAAGGCGGCGUUUAACGCCCUUUCCCAUGGAAAGCUGUUUACCGAGGAUAUCGAGGAGUCGCCACCAGGAAUACUUGGAGUCUCACAACGCCAUAGGUACAGCAGCGAAGAGGACGAUGACGAGGGUGAGCUAGCUCGGGAUCAAGCAGAUCUUGAUGCCGAAGGCGCAAACACGGGUCCGAGAAAACAGAAACAGGCGAAGAAUGCAAGAGACGAAGAGAGUCAUAAGAGGCGAGUGGAGGGUAACGCAGCCGAAGAGGACAGCGGCGAUCGUCCUGAUCGAACAGUUCGCUUCGAUGACUCCUCUACUACGUCAGGGAAGAAGGGAUCGAACGGCCGGUCAAAGAAGAUGGGAAACACGGAUGACGAGGAGAACCCGUACGAUAAGAACUCGAACUCAACUUCUCAGCUCCCCAGAAUGACGCGUGCCGUCUCAAUACCACGCCAGGACUUGCCCCAAACCCCCACGGACCCGGCCGAGUACCACCUCACGCUGAUCGAAGAGAUUGGGCGAGUAACGCAACACCUGAAGAGCCAUCCUCCGCGGAAGUACACUUUUCAGGAGUGGGCAUGGUACCUGCGGCUCAUCGGAGAGGACGAGAGCGACGCAGCUAAGCACCGCAAGCCUUACACCCAUCUUCGUAGGAGUAAGGAUGAACUGGAGGGGAAAGAACGGGGGAGGUGGAGCUGGGUCGGCAGCAGGAGCCCGUUGAUGAGCUCUCAGGAGGAAGCUGAGUGGAUCCUGGAACGGCUGAUCGAGACGCUGGACGAUGAGCUCAGGGGUGUCAAGGCCGCGAGAAGGAAAGAUGGGAUGAAGAAUCGGAGGGGUUAACAAAUGGAAAUCCUCGUUCUGGGUCUUCAGAUGGCGUUUCAUUAUAAUUACGGGGGCAGUAAUUACUAAAAAUGAACCCCAAGAUGGCGAAUGUCACGGUUGGUACCUUCUCUGGUAGCUGCUGUCUGAAGAGCAGGCCAAGAUAUUUCUUUCCUUUUCCGGAUGACUAACUGCCUCUUGCUCCCGCUCUUGCUACUGGGCUAAGACAGCAACAGCUCAGACGACACAAGAGCACCUCCUUCCCGAGCUGAGUCUGGAACGGGAAUG